UUAGUUCUGGGCUGGCCCUCCCACCGCGGCCUCUGCGAUGGGAGGUGGGCGAAGGCAGUGAGUGCGGGUGGCGUUGGAAGUGGCGCCCCAGUGUCCCAUUCGUUCUUCCUGGGCCUGGAGAGAGUCUUUCAGAAGCGCACGCUGCACUUGCUCAGGUUAGGCCGGGGUAACGCUAGCUAACUCCUUCCAGACGCCCUGCACGGAGACGGUCUCUGCAGGGUAUGGGAAACACACCCCUGGAAGGAAGUUGGAGAAUCGUACGUGACCCCCGUGCUGCGCAGCCGCGCCCAGUGGCGCCGGGUCCCGCGCGGGUGCGCGCCUGACGCCCCACCCCAUCCAUGAGGAGCGCGCGCCGGGCCUCGGCCCCAUUCCCCGCACGCGCAGUCCCUACAGCGCUGCCUCCGCCGUUCCCCGCCCCCUCUCCUCUGGGGUUGCCCUCGUCGCUGCCUGACCCGAGGUCCAGCAGCCUCUGCCUUUCCGGCCCCCGCCGACGGACAGAAGCAGCCCACCCCGGGGCCGGGUGUGUCUUCGGUCCUCGUGGCUGUUCUGAAGCAGCCGCGGUAGCUGCAGCCCAAGCCUGAGCGAGCCAAGCGGCCUCAGCUGCGAGCAGAGCGGCGGCAGCAGCCCCUCCCGGGAGAGCACCAGAUCACCUCUUUCUGUGGCUUCGCCAUGGCGACCUAUGGACAGAGCUGCGCGCGGCCAAUGUGUAUUCCUCCAUCAUAUGCUGACCUUGGCAAAGCUGCCAGAGAUAUUUUCAACAAGGGAUUUGGUUUUGGGUUGGUGAAACUGGAUGUGAAAACAAAGUCAUGCAGUGGUGUGGAAUUCUCAACAUCUGGUUCAUCUAACACAGACACUGGUAAAGUUACUGGAACCUUGGAGACCAAAUAUAAAUGGUGUGAGUAUGGUCUGACUUUCACAGAAAAAUGGAACACUGAUAACACCCUGGGAACAGAAAUAGCAAUUGAAGACCAGAUUUGUCAAGGUUUGAAACUGACAUUUGAUACUACCUUUUCACCAAACACGGGAAAGAAAAGUGGUAAAAUCAAGUCUUCUUACAAGAGGGAGUGUAUAAACCUCGGUUGUGAUGUUGACUUUGAUUUUGCUGGACCUGCAAUCCAUGGUUCAGCUGUCUUUGGUUAUGAGGGCUGGCUUGCUGGGUACCAGAUGACCUUUGACAGUGCCAAAUCAAAGCUGACAAGAAACAACUUUGCAGUGGGCUACAGGACUGGGGAUUUCCAGCUACACACUAAUGUCAAUGAUGGGACAGAAUUUGGAGGAUCAAUUUAUCAGAAAGUAUGUGAAGAUCUUGACACUUCAGUAAACCUUGCUUGGACAUCAGGUACCAACUGCACUCGCUUUGGCAUUGCAGCCAAAUAUCAGUUGGACCCCACUGCUUCCAUUUCUGCAAAAGUCAACAACUCUAGUUUAAUUGGAGUGGGCUAUACUCAGACUCUGAGGCCUGGUGUCAAGCUUACACUGUCUGCUCUGGUAGAUGGGAAGAGCAUUAAUGCUGGAGGCCACAAACUUGGGCUUGCCCUGGAGUUGGAGGCUUAAUCUAGCUGAAAGAAACCUCUGGGAAUGGAUAUCAGAAGAUUUGGCCUUAAUAUAUUUCCAGUGUGACCGACCAGCAGGCUUUUUCCCCCCAAGAAGGUGAUCAAAACAAAGGAUGAUCUAAACAAGAGCUGUAUUUUAAAUAUUUAGACAGUUACUUGUUAGCUGGUUUCUAGUUGAAUCGGUUAUCUAUCUAGUUACCAAUGCUGCAGUCGUGCAGUCACCUAUACAUUAUUUAAAUGUAUUUAACUGUUAAAUGCGCUACCCACCAAUAAUGAAAUAGACCUUUAUGAAAACUG